UCAGUGUUCUAACGUGGCCGUGUUCUUACAGAGUGUCGGCUGGGGAAGAUGAGACACUCCCUUGGGGAUGAGUGGAGCCCCAAUCUCGGACCUCCCUUCGGCGUGUGGUCCUGCGUCAAGUGCAUCUGUCAGGGGGUCCAGAAGAAGAGACGUGUGGUGGCGAGAGUACGCUGCCGGAACGUCAAGACGGAAUGCCCCAAGGUCACCUGUCGGGACCCGGUCAUUCUACCCGGUCAAUGCUGCAAGACCUGCGCCAGUGAAGAGCUGAGGCUACCGGGAGAUGAGCCCCAUGAGCCCCUCGAGGAACUGACAGGUAGAGAUUUCGCUGUGCUGCUGAAUGGCCGCACCUCUCAGACACCAAUGACCACAUCCCGUGUGGCCACAGGGCGGCUCUUCCUGAGAAAGAAGACCCUUCACUUCUCUUUCCUGCUGGAAGCUGGGGCCCCUCCUCCUGCCUCCAUCCAGUUUCUGAGUGAAACUGGUGACAUAUUGGAGCAACUGGAAGCACAACCUACGCCUUAUGAGGCUACCAACAGCAGGAUAUGUGGUGCCUGGACCAGAGUGCCUAAGGAAUACAGGGCAUUACUGCGAGAAGAACAGAUGUGGGUUGCAUUAUCCCCCGCAGACGAAUCCCAAGAAGACACGAUCAGCGGACAGGUAGCACGUUAUGUAGGAGUUGACACAGAGGUAUUCUCCUCCCUCCUCACACCUCCUCCUACUGCCAAUCAGACCCUCAGUGGGGGAGGUACAGCAAUAAUCUCUGUGGAUCGUAAAACUGAUUCCCUACACGUUAGUCUUGUGUUUAAUGGGGUCUUUGCUGAUGGGGAGGCUCACAAUGCCUCACUUGUAGUGGAACUGCUGCCUGAACGUGCCCUCGACCCAGUUGUUGACACAGUCAUUCUCCCAAAGGUGUUCUCGGACUUGAAUCGAGCAGAGAUAAUGACUACUCUGGGAGAAAGAAGUCUUAUUCGGCUGACUCGUGGCCAAGUGGCCAUGAAGGUUUGGAGUCAGGCUGCCCCAGAGCUGGCCCUGGAAGGAAUGAUCACUCCUCGUGCAACGUGUAAUGUCUUCUCUGCUGUCUUGAGUAAACCAGUGCCAGACUCUGAAGAUGAUACUUCAACAGAAAGCACAGACAUGACAUCAUCUUAUGGUGCAGGUUGGGCUCUCCUUACCCUUUCUAAUGGCACCUUCCAGUAUCAGGUGUAUGUGAAAGGUUUUGAAGUUUCUACUCUUACAUUGAAAACCAAGCAUAAACGUCAGGACCGCAUUGUUGAAAACUUGACACCAUUCUAUCAUGACAGUUGGGCAAAUGGUACCUAUGACAGAACCACAUAUCGUGACCUUGAUGCUCUUAUUCGGGGAAAACUGGAGGUGGUAGUGGCUAGUGAGAGUAAUGAAGAACUUCGUGGGAUGUUGAAUCCAGUAGCAGUGACAGAAGCCUUGCGAUCCCCACAGCCUGUAUUGCUCUCAUCUCCAGAAGUACCUAUGGCUGCCACUGUUUGGGUGGCAGUAGAUUCGGCAUGUGUCACUCAUUACGAUGUGAUGGUUGCAGGUCAGCCUCCCUAUGGGGCUAUUGAGCCUUUCUGGAACCUCGUUCUCCGUGAAGAAGACCAGUUCUGGGAUCCACGAUUUAAGAUGACAAAAAUGGAUCUUGAGGCACAUGUGGAGGGACGUGAACUCUUUGCUCACUCAACGCAGCUGACCCGAUUAUCCCUCUCUCGCUUGGAAGCUGGAGUCUCAUACUUAGACUUAGUUUUACUGCCUCCAGACAGCAACUCCACCCUGCAGUCUUCCCUCAGUGGCCUCAUCCAUGGGGUGUCUGUCCCUUCUGAGUGUCUCAUGGGUUCAGAUCAUCAAGAAGUUAUCGUUGAAGAAUAUGACGAAGAGGAAUGUGUUCAUGGGCGAUGCAUUCUUCGAGAGGAAACGGCUCCUGAAGUUCCCCAGAGCCACAGGUGUAUAGAUGAAGAGGCAAGAGUGUUCGAGGAUGGGAAGAGCUGGCAGUCGCCUGUCAAUGUAUGCUCAAUGUGUAUGUGCACCCGGGGCAAAAUCAAGUGCCAGGAUGUAAUAUGUCAUAGACUUGAUUGUGAGGGCGCUUACACCCCACCUAACCAAUGCUGCCAGGUGUGCCCAGGUGAAACAGGUCCAAAUGAUGUUGCAGAAGAGAGCAAAAUGUGUGAGCUAAAUGAUCAAAAGCACCUAUUGGGAUCAAAAUGGCAUCCUUUCCUCACCCCAAAAGGCUUUGAUAAGUGUGUCACCUGUACCUGCUUGCUACAUUCAAGUGGAAGGCCAGUUGUCAACUGCUCAAGGUUCCCAUGCCCACCUCUUCCCUGUGGUCCUGAUGAAAUGGAGCCGCAGCCUGACUCCUGCUGUGCUAAGUGUCGCACCCCAAGACCUGAGGCUCCCCAGCCCACGGCUCAACCUGGGAUGGUAAAUGAGGGAGAAUUGGUAACAGAAGAAGAACAUAGGAACAUCAUUCUUGGCAGAGGAGGAUGUCUUUUGAACAACCGGCUAUUGUAUGAAAAUGGUGCAGAGUGGCAUCCUAGAGUGGCAUCCAUUGGGUACUACAAAUGUGUGACCUGCAAGUGUAAGGAUAGCAAUAUCACGUGUGCUUAUCAUCAGUGUCCCACUCUAAGAUGCCAGGCAAUGAUUCAAGAGAAGCAGGAGUGCUGCCCUCGAUGUGCCAAUGAAAAUAGCACAAUUAACCACGGUAAUAAAACACGUUGGCUAAAACCAUACAUAAAGAGUACUCAUAAGAAUAAAAACGGUAACUGAAUGCAUAGUUUAGGUUAAGGGCAACCAAUUAAAUCUGUCAGUAAAUCUUACAUUGGUUAGAUGUAGAGGGUUGAAAUGACUGCCACGUACUUCAGGUGUUCAAAACAAAAAUAGCAGAUAUUAGGCAUUCUUUCCCUCUUAGCUGUGCUAAAUGUUUGCUUUUUCAACUAGGAACUCCAGCCUGGUAUUUUUCCAUUUUUUGUGGCCCUGGUGUGGCAAUUUUUUGUGGAUGAAGAAUGGUUGGUGGUAAUUUGGUGAAGCAAAAGAAUGAAGGAAGCUGACAUCUCUCAGGUUCUGAAUGCAGUUAAAAUAUGUGAACAUAUAUGAAUACAAAGAAUUUUAAAACAUUGAAAGAAAAGAUUCCAUAGUCAAGGGCAGAAGAAUACAGGUAUUUCAAAGUCCUAGUUAAUAUAGGGGGGCAAUUGCAGCUAAGUAGUGGGUUACAGAAUACUGUACAGGCAAGCCAUAAGUUCUGUUCUGAAGUCAGUGGCUGAGAUGCAGAAAUGCCUGAGGUUCGUAGCAAAGGAUGCAGACAGGCCUGAGGUCUUCCAAGAAGGGCUGAAGGAUCUGGCCAUGUCUAAAAUCCUUAAGCAACAGGAUGGAAAGACAUGCCAGAGGUCCUAGCAAAGGACCAGACCAUAUGGGACCUGAGUCGUUAAGCUGGUGCUGAGGCAGGACUGGUGUCUUCCUGGUGGUGAACAUAUAUCAUGGAGUAAGAUCAGUGCAGCAUCCUCCAAAAAUUCCAAAAAGACUUACUCUAUUGAUGCAAGAUGGUCAUUCUCAAAACAAACAUUUUUACACCUGUUGAAUGCAAGUGUGAAGUGUGAUGCCACAUUAUUAAAGAAAUGCUAAGAUUUUUUAAUUUGAUUUUAAGACUUAGUGUUCUUCCAUUGGGUACUAAUUUGAGGAUAUAUUUUACCAUACAUGUUUAUUGACUGUUACUAAUGCAUUAGGAAUGGAUUAUUGUAGAGGUUAUCUACAAUAUUUUGUACCAGUGCACCUAGUAAAGAGGCUUGGUUUAUAAGGUCAACAAAAUUUAAAGUUCCUCUGACCACCAUGAAUGAUUCCUCUCUCUCCCUUGGCAGCAAGCUGUCUAUGGUACCAAAGAUGACGGGUGUUUCUAAAUCUGAUUUUGAGUAGUUACAGAAUAUUGCUGUAUUGGUGAGGAGAUCAGCAGUUAUGAUGCCAUAAUACUCUACUGUUCAGAUGGCUCAUUUCUUCAAUAAACAUAGAAUUUGGACUUUUGUGAUGUGCAGUAACUUGUUCCCCUCCACAUGUCAUGAGCCUUAAGGAAUUUUUCUUGAAGAAAAGUUUAUGAAUGAAACUCAUUAAGUUUACAAGCAUUAAAUCCUUUGCAAAAACUAGUAUGGAAGGCAUAAAAUCAUGAAUCUCCUCACUCUUACCCCCUUCUCCCUCCCUCAUAUUUUGUAUCUGGUGGGCAGAACUCACAUAUAAAAAAUGCUGACAGAGUUCUUACUCCAAGCUCAAUUCUAGGCUGAUAAUAUAGGUUACUGAAGUCAUUUUCUGAAGUGCUGAGGGUGAUCACUUCUCCUGUGGUGCAUUUUAUUAUUCAAACUGUGGAGGCUACCGCUUCUAUUUAUAAGGUGGAAAUAAAAAAUGUAGUUUAUUUCUGUAUUAGAAUGAUGUGUUGUGAACCAAGCUUUUUGAUGGCAGCAGGGUCUGAUUCUGUCUUUGAGGCUAUCAGUAAUAGAGUAAAUAAUUUUAAGUGUUGACCAUUUGUGAAAUUUUGGUACAGUACUUGGUGUGAAACAGACCCUGAUGUAGUAGGAAGAACAAUAUUUUUGUAAAAAUGUAUAUACAUUAUAAUAGUAGUGGCUAUUUUGUGACUAGAGAUUGCUUUACAAUUCUUUGCAUGUUUGGGAAUUGAUGUGACCCUAUGAAAUAAUGCAGUAAGGUUCACUAGUUCACUAUUUACAGAAAUUUGAACCUAAUUUGGUUAUCAGAGGGUAAGCUCAUUUUCCAGGUCCAGCAGACUAUCAUCUCUGGGUAAGUGCAAAUUUUAUUCCAGUCAGCUGCUAAGCAUUAGUUUUCCCAAAAUAACAUGGUACGGGAUCCCCGAACUAAGAACUGAGGCUUUGAGAUGGAAAAAAUAUACUGUAUAGUUAUUUAUGUUAAGGAAGACUUGUAUAAUACCAUCACUAAUGGUUAUAUACCCAGUGUUUUAGUCACAACUAAUUUUUGUCUUAACAAUCCUCCAAUAUUUAAUAUUUGUCAGUCAUUGUAAUGAAUAUUAGGAAUUUUGAAGUCUGUUUCCUAUUCUUAAUUACAAGAGUAGAAAUUAUAAUACUGUAAUAAUAAAUAGCAAUAUUGUAGCAGAUCCAUAGUUGAUUUAGUACCAUUAGAUUUUAAUUUUUAUAAGUUGUAUCCUUUUCUCUUUUAUGUCUUGUAUUUUCUUCUUGUACAGUACCUUGUUAUUGCUUGACUCCAAAUUUCAACACUUACAGUAAAGUAGUCAUGUCACAUGACUUGUGAACAUUACAUGAUAUAUUAAUGGAGGUAUUUUGCACUUAUCCAUGGGUUGCAUAAUACAACAUAUGUAUCCCAACUUUUUCUAGACUAAUUAUUUAAUUAAAAGGUUUAACAGCAGAGUACUUGGAUGUUUGUCACAGUAUUGAGGUCAAGCACCAACAGCCAAGACACACCAUUGAUCAGGUGCAUUGUGCCGUGUGGAAGCAAUUGGUCGUUUCACUUGAUUUAACCAAACUAUAAUUUAAAUAUCUUAGGUCAUUUUUGUUUUAUCUAUACAGGUAGUUGACAUAAUGCAGCUUAGCAGUGAUUUGUACAGUGUGAUGCAUUUGAUCAGCAAAAGAGACCAGCCAUUGUCACAUAACACUGACUUACACUGACAACUAUUUUUUGGUCAGUUGUAGUACUUGUUACUCAGUGAUCCAUGCCACACUUCACUACACUCUGUUUUAAGCUAUCUCAUUUAUCUGAGGGAAUGAACAACAAAAUACUGGUUAUAUAUUAUUUAUUUAUUUUACUGUAGGUGAUAAUUUCAUCUGACUACAGAAAAGCUUUAUCAACAUUGUUCAUUGGAAUUUGUAUCUUUGAGUUUUACAUUACAUUUUUAUGCAGGUCAAUAAAAAGCAAAACCUUAAGCCAUCAAGUCAGGGGGUGGAAGGCAGAUGUACCGUUGUUCCCCAGGCUAAUGUCAAAGACCAUAAUUAUCUGUACUGCAAAAUGUAAGAAAGGCUUGACAACAAAUACAAAAUUACCUAAAAAACUUUUACUGUAUGUCACUUUGAACGUGGUAUUGGUAAGACUUUUUCAAUAUUUUUUUACUUGAAACAUGAAACAGGAAAAAAGCUGAAUUUUCUCAAGAACAUUUAGGAAGAAUAUAUACAGUAUUUAGAAGUAAACAAAAAAGUAAAUGGAGAAUGAUUGUACACUGUCAGAAAAUAUGUGGCAGUCAAGGUAAGGUCUUUUCCUUGCUCCUUUAAUGGUAAUUUUUAAUUUGAGUACCGGGUACCUGUAUUAAAAUUUGGGAACUGAAAUUUGCAAUUUUCAUGUACAUUUCAAUAAAAUUAAUGCCCAUGAGUGAGCUACUGUGUUAAAUAUAACUACAAGAAAAAAAGUACAUUUAGGAAUUACAAUAUUGUGGAACCAAGUGAUAAUGGGGAGUUAUUAUGUUUAAUUGAGCAAAAUCUAUUAUAAAGGGGCACAAGUGAGACUUGAAUGUUAUUGUAGAGGCAGGCAUUUAAGUUAUUGAUCAAUGAUAUGUUUGUGCUGUUCUCAUUUAACUUUGGGAAAAGGUGUUUAUAGUAUGAAUGCAGGCAUAAUUUCAUAAUAUGGACUUGUUUAGUUAUUUGAGGAAAAUAUAUUUAUACUUCAGGGAGUUAUUGGAAUAACAAGUCCUUUGAAAUAACAAGCAUGCCAUAGUUCAUACUACAGUAGUAGGGUAAGUUAAAGUGCCACAAGGAUGGGUUUGUUAUCAAAUUCUGCCCAGGCUAGAAAAGAGAUGCUGAAUUAUUAGGACAGUACUGUAGUGCACUGUAAUAUUAUAUUAUAUAUAUAUUAAUAAAUUGAGGCUACUGUAGUCACUUUUAAACUCCAUGAGCACUUGAGCGUAAAGUAGCACAAAUUGGAACACCUGUGAUAUUUAAAACAUUCACAGUCUGACAGCUACACUGAUCUGAGAAGAUAAAAAUAUUGUACAUGAUCACUAGUCCCAUUGGCUUAUUAUUAUAGUGUAUUAUGCAGCUGUUAUUGGAUAAUUCUUAUUUCAGUUCUUAUAUUGGUUGACUCUUGAUGUGAAUGUUUGUAGCCAGAAGUUCAGCAUGCAGCAGGUUGUAACAAAACAAUAACCCUACAUAGUAACAGGAGAACUUGGAGGAGGACCCAGCUGUGACAAUAUGGGUGAAUUCUGAGUACUUAGUGUUUCCUUGAAGAGGCUUAUUCUUCUUUUGUUGCAUAUGUUAUCAAAAACUGUAUACAGUAUCAGUAAUAUGUAAAACUUAUAAUUGCUGAUCUUCUCUUAAUUUGAUGAUAUGGUUAACAUUAAGGUAAAGUGAGGAUAGUGGAAGAGUGUAAACCAUUAUACCUCACAUGUAUUGACAUUAAACUCAAGAAUGUGUGUUAGAAACAUGUGGCAGUGGCAGUCAUUGACAGAUGAACUCUUUUGUGGUCAUGGCAGUUUGUCCUUUGAAUAAUUUGAACUUUUAUUAAGAAAAUGUGUUCUGUAUAUAGAAAUUAGGUUCAUUUGAUUAAAAGAGGAUGUAGCCUGAUCCGCUUUUGAUGAUGGCCUCUUUGAUGAUGACCUCUGUUAAUGGCCUCUGAUGAUGGCCACUUUAAUGAUGGCCCUGAAGAGGGCCACCUUGAAUGGUGGCCUCAUUGAUGAUGGCCUCUAAUGAUGGCCCUUUUUAAUGAUGGUCUCUGAAGAGGGCCACUUUUGGUGUCUGAUGACGGCCUCAUUGAUGAUGGCCUCUGAUGAUGGCCUCUGAUGAUGGCCUCUGAUGAUGGCCUCUUUGAAUGAUGAAAGGUCUUCUUUGCAGGGUAUAUUGCUAAGUUAUAUAUUAUAGGUUGACAUUAAGUGAUGCAUUUGCGAAAACUGGCAUUUUCAUUUAAAUUUGUAUGAUAACUAAUAUCUUUAUUUAUUUAGCUGUUUCUUUUCUAUCCAUGGUAGGCAAUUUAGUUUUUUUUUAUUUUAGUUUCAGUAUUUGUACCUUGUCGAAUGUAAAUAUAAACAAAAUACAAAAACACUAAUGAUAAUUUCUCAAGCUAGUCAGUUUUUGCAGAUAAUUUUUAUCAAAAGCAUGAUAAGGAUGUUCUCAAAUGAAAUAUUUUGUAAAAAAUGCACACCUCACAGCUUCUGCUGAAGAUAAAUACAUAUUUCUUACACUCUCAGACAUUAAUAUUUUCCUUUUGAAUGCCUCAAAAGUCAUCUCAUACAUUUGACAGAUUUACUGUACUAUGGUAUUUAAAAAUUAUAAAUUUAUAGUCAUAUUUUUUUCAAAUGAGCUUAAUAUGAAUCUCUAUCUGUUUCUUUCAUUUUGAUUUUUUUAGGUUGCAAAAAAUUCCUUAUUCAACAUCUUCCUUGUUUGUUUCAUCAUCUUUUUUUUUGUCAUCAUAUCAUUUAUUUUAAGUACUGUAUGUCUGUGCAUAUCCCAUUGUUGUGUUGAUAUUAGACAAAUCAGAUAAGUUUCUCAGCAUUAUCUAAAGAGCAUUUGUAGUGAGGAAGCAUAGUUUCACUUCUUUAAAACAAUGGAGAAAUAUGAUAAAUAGCUGCACUCCUCAAUGACUGUUUGUUCAUCCCAGCACAGAACAUGAUGAAUUAAACUGAUGAUCAUGUAGUAAAUAAUUAUUGAAUUACACUGUACAGUACGUAUAUGUUUUAUGUGUAUCACAGCAACAAACUACAGUGGUAUAGUACAACACCUUGUUUUGUUUUUUGUUCUUUAGUUAUACCAUUGUGGUGGUGAGGUGGCAGUUUUCUGUGGGUUUACUAUUUGAUCAGAAAAUCAUCUGAAGAAUAAUGCAGUAAUUCCAGAACCAUUGAGAAAUUUAGCGUUUCAAGCCAUUACGAGAUGCUGAGGUAACAUCAAAACUAACUUCAUAGCUGUUUGGUAGUCUCAAGUAUCCCCAGUGACCUAACUCUGGUGUGACAAGUGUCAUUUAAUUUUUAACCAAUUUUUAUAUUUCUGAAUUUAUUAAUGGCUAACAGUGAUUACUUAAGCUAAAUAUUAUAGUCAUCACCCAACAGUGUACUAAAUUUAAACUUUUACAGAUUUGUUAUCUAUUACAUUAAUUAUUCAGGGUUUUUUAAAUUAGCAAGCAUGGCCAUACCUGUAUGUGUAAUGAUAUCAAUCUCUGAUAAUCUGAGACAAACUGCUGCAACCAAUCAAAAGUUUGAUAAUUGUAGCUUCAUUAUAUUAAAGAACUUUUUAAUCUUAUUACUUCUGGCAGUUUACAUGUGUACAGUUCUACUAAUACAGUACAGUACAGGUAUACCCAAUAGUUAAACUGGAUGACUACCAAUAGUCUUGAGGAGCUGUCAUUUUGACAAAUCGUGAAACUAUGCUGUAGUUUCAGUCAAUAUUUUGAAAUUACAGUAUGUAUAAUACAAUAUACAAAUAUAAUACUGCAGUAAUGCAAACUUUUAGUGAGUUAUUACAUUUAUAUUUAUUACAGUAAUUAUCAUGGCCUUUGUUUUCAUUCGGACUACACUUGUUUGUGACCAAUGCUGAUGAUUUAUUGUGAGAAAACCUUUUAAAUAUUUUAAAGAAUUAUCAACCUUUGCUACUUUAAAUUUAUAUGACAAACUGAAAUUGUGGAAAUAUUUUAUAAGUCAUUACAAAGGUAAAGAAUGAAAAAAUUAUUAUGCAUGAAUUUACUUAUAUAGUACUGUACUGUAUGUAACACUCAAAAGAUAAUUUAUACCUAUGGAUCGAUGAAGAUAUUAAUCUGGUUUAGGUCAGUUGAUUACUACAGGAUUUGAUGCAACCUUAUUGUAGCUGUGAUGAAGACAAUGGUAGAAUCCUGUGAAUGGUGCCAGCAUCAUCCGUUGUGUAUGUAGCCUUACUGACCAGAGAAUACAACCAUACUAAAUAAAAGUCUCCCUGUGAUGCUAGCUUACUUGUGACCCCUUCAGGUAGCUAAAUGGGAAGUACCUGUACAGUCAUAUGAGUACACAUCAUUUAAGCAUUUAUGAACAAGUGUAGACCAUUCAUAUUAAAAUAAACUCAAUCAAAUCAUCAACACUUGACAAAAAGUGUCUGCUCAAUCUGUUGACACAGAUCUGUAUACAUAGACAAACUUUUCUCACCCUCAAAGCCUUCCCAAUAUUCAACAGCAAUUUGUACUGUUCACUUGCAUUGAGGUGUUCAAGUGGAAAAGAGGAAGUGUGAGGUGACAUAAUUACCAUCUAAUUAUUUUUUAACUACUUUAGUGUUUUACAAAUGCAAGUUUCUCGGUUUUGCAUUGUUUUUAAUAUCAUCAAGAAUUAUGUUUAUGAAAAUGCCAGAGGAAAGGUAAACCCUUGGCUGAAAGUGCAGGAGGACAUACUACUGCCCCAACUGUCUGCCUCUCACUGAUACUGUAUGUACAAGAGACCACAUGUUUAUGUAGUAUUAAAAUUAUAUUAACUUUCCAUGCAAUCUGUGUCCAUUGAUUGACUUUUAUUCUCAGACUUGCUCAAUAAUACAAAAACUUUUGUUGGCUCAUAAUUAUAUAUUUAAAAAAAUAAUAAUAUUAUAAGAAAGGUUUAUGCCUUUUGUAAAAUAUAUUUGAAAGUCUUGGCCGAAACAAUUUGAAGUUAUACCAGAUGCAAAAACAAAAUUUGCUCCCUUGAGGUACAGUAUCUGAAGUCGAGGCAGCUACACAUGACCAUUAUAGUGUAACAAACGAAUGUCUUCCUUAUUUUGUUAGCAAUCACAUGUAAAUCAAAUAAGCAAUAUUUUUUUAUAGUUAUUGCUGAUAAUACAUGCUGCCAUUCUGUGUAAUGACGUGCUAAAGCUGGGAAUUGCUGUGUUUUCAUUAUGAAGUUUACACUGUAAUUUCUGUUUUUCUCUCUUUCACAUCUGCUGCUCUCUUUUUUUCUGAUUCAAAUUUUUUCUCAUAUUGCCUUUUCUCUCUUUUUUUCAUUUGCAUUCUUUCAUUCAUUGUACUAUUUCUUUCAUUGCCAUUUCCCCUCUUAUUAGUGUAUUACAUAGUCAAAUAUAUAUAAAUAUAUAUAUAUUUAUCUUUUCUUAGCAUUCCUAAAUAUGUAAAUAAUAAACUUUUGUUGUUGUUCUAAAAGAAUAAAGUCACUACAAUU